AAAACUUGUAUAUGUUUAAAUCCUAUUUUUAUUGUUCAAAAAUAUUUAUAUAUGAGAAAUAAAUAAAAUCAUGGAAGCGUUGGGAGUAAUUUGGGAAGUUGCGAAAAGUUUGUUCGGGUGCGCUAAUGCACAAGCUGUCUAUGUUUAUAAGCUGCAAGAGAAUCUGGAAUUGUUGAACAAAAAAUGGGAUGAUCUUCAAAACAAGCAAAAGGAUGUGGUAACAAAAAUUGAUAAAGAUGAGAGCACAGGAGUGAUGAAAAGGACAUAUGAAGGGAUUGGUUGGCUUCAGGAAUUUCAAAAACUUCAAGAGAAAAUGAUGAAGGCUAAUCAGUAUCGUCAAGAAUUUCAAAAUAACCAUAUAAAAGCAGGAUAUCCAUGACGUUGGGAAAGGAAAUUGUUGAGAGACUCAAUGACGUGAAUGCCAUGCUUUCUAAAGCUCCUAAUAUGCAGAUUGCUAUUGAGCAACCACCUAAACCUGUUGAUGAGAUGCCUUUUGGUGAAACUAUAGGCUUGAACUUGAUGUUCAACAAAGUAUGGAAAAGUCUUGAAGAUAAUAAUGUGGGAAUAAUUGGUUUAUAUGGAAUGGGUGGCGUCGGAAAAACUACCCUUAUGAAGAGAAUUCACAGUGAAUUAGGAAAGAUGGAGCAUAGUUUUGAUAUAGUGUUGUGGGCAGUGGUUUCUAAAGAUUGUGAUAUCAAUAAAAUCAUGACUGACAUCAGAAAUAGGUUAGGGAUUGAUGAGAACUUUUGGAAAGAAAGUAGUCAAGAUCAAAGAGUAACCAAGAUUCAUGAACAGUUGAAAGGAAAGAAGUUUGUAUUGAUGUUAGAUGAUUUAUGGGGAAAGCUAGAACUAGAAGCGAUAGGAGUUCCGGUCCCCAAAGAAUGUAACAACAAAUCAAAAGUUGUUUUCACAACACGGUCCAAGGAUGUAUGUGCUAAAAUGAAAGCUGAAACGAAAUUGGAAGUGAAAUGUCUAUCUGAUGAACAAGCGUUUGAUUUGUUUCGUAAGAAAGUAGGUGAUGAGACAUUAAAAUGUCACACAGAGAUCCCAAAUCUAGCGCAUGAAAUGGCUAAAGAAUGCGGAGGAUUGCCGCUAGCAUUAAUCACUGUGGGAAGUGCCAUGGCAGGGGUGGAAAGUUAUGAUGCUUGGAUGGAUGCGAGAAAUAAUUUGAUGAGUUCUCCUUCGAAAGCCUCAGAUUUUGUAAAAGUUUUUCGAAUCCUCAAGUUUAGCUAUGACAAACUUCCAGAUAAUGCACAUAAAAGUUGUUUCUUGUACUGUGCACUAUACCCAGAAGAUUUUGAAUUAGAUGGUGAUGAACUUAUUGAUCGAUGGAUUGGUGAGGGAUUUCUCCAUGAAGAUGGUAAAAGUAUGUAUGGUAUGUACAUCAAAGGGAAAACUAUUAUUGAAAAAUUAAUAGUUUCAUGCCUAUUAGAGGAGGGUAUUGGUACUGGAAUUAACAUUGUGGCUGGUUGGAGGAGUAGGAGAAUUAAGAUGCAUGAUGUGAUUAGAGACAUGGCACUGUGGUUAGGUCGAGAUGAAGAUGAAAACAAAGACAAAAUUGUAGUUCAAAGGGAAGCAAUUUCCAUGUCGGAAAUGAAUUUUGAAAGAUUAAAUGUUGUAAAGAGGAUUUCAGUAAUAACUAGGUUGGAUUCAAAAGAAAGCUUGAAGGUACCAACUUGUCCAAAUCUCAUCACCCUUUGUUUAAGUUUAGAAAUGGAUUUAGGGAUGGAUUUGAAUGCUCCUGUUUUAUCAUUAAAUUUCCAAUCCAUAAAAAAGCUGAGAGUAUUGGAUUUAUCAAGGGAUCUUUGUAUAAAGAACCUGUCCUCAGGAAUAGGCGAGUUAGUGAACUUGGAAUUCCUUAACCUCUCAGGAUCAAAAGUAUUUGAGUUGCCUAUUGCAUUGAAGAAGUUGAAAAAGUUGAGGGUACUCCUUAUGGAUGAUAUGUAUUACUACGAUUAUGCUAAAAUCAUUCCUUUGGAAGUGAUAGAAAGUCUUGAACAAUUAAAGGUGUUUAGAUUUAGUACACGUGAUUUAUGUUCCAGUCCAGUACAAAAAGAGAUAUCAUUAUUAGAGAAGCUGGAAUCAUUACCAAAAUUGGAGGAACUGAGCCUGGAAUUAAGAAACUUCACUAGUGUGCAGAGACUAUUUCAAUCCACCAAAUUACGAGAUUGCUCUAGAUGCCUUGGGAUUUCUUUUUCAAACAAGGAGGGGUCACAGUCACUUGAAAUGUCUUCAUUAUUAAAAUCCAUGUCAAAAAUGAGGCAUUUGGACAGCAUACGUCUUUGGGCUAGAAACAACCUCAUGGAUGGUUCAUCGAUUGCUGACAAAUGCGAUCUUGGAAAUCUUCGCCGAGUGCACAUAAGUAGUUGUCAUUCAAUAAAUCAUUUGACAUGGUUGAUGUAUGCUCCGCUUCUUGAGAUCCUUGUUGUUGGUCUUUGUGAUUCAAUUGAAGAGGUGGUGAAAGAAGGUAAAGAUAACGAACAAGCUGGAUCUGACUCCAAAAAUGAUAUGAUAUUUGCAAAUCUUACAGAUCUUUGCCUUUAUGGUAUGCCAAAACUAGUGAGCAUCCACAAGAGAGCUUUGGAUUUUCCUUCCCUAAAACGUAUUAAGGUAACUGAUUGCCCCAAUCUGAGGAAGCUUCCUUUCAAUUCCAGGUUUGCUUUCAAGAUUAACUUGAUUGCAAUCCAAGGUGAGACAGAGUGGUGGGACAAUUUAGAGUGGGAUGACACAAUUAUUCCAACCUUGCUACGUCCUAAACUUAUAGAGAGUAGUAGUAUUAAACUAUUAUUCAAGUGAAUUUAAGAAGUUGAAAAAAUCUGAAUUUCUUUACUCUCAAUUAAUUGGCCUUCUGCUUCUGUAUAUAAAUUUCUGUAAUUACAAUUUUCUCAUAAUCCAGCGGAGUAGUAAUUCAAACUUACCAGUCAUCAACCCCCAUUCUGAAUCUCACGUGAGUCUUCUUUCUCUCUUCCUUCACUUGAAUCUCACAAAGAAUCGUUUUCAUCUACCACCAUUUUCUUCAUAUUUUCAUAAAUUGAUACUCACUAUCAACCUACCCAUUAACUUAAAUUCCAUCUUCUUGAACAAGAUUGUUAAAUUUUAUUUC